UUACUAGAAAGAGACGGGGCGGAUCCGCCUCCAGGCUUCUGGUUCCUCUGCUAAUCUGACUCCACCUUCCUGCCUAAAGUCAGACCUUCACGUCUCACCUCACCUUCAGGCGCCUCCCAGCAGCUGAAUGAGGCACACGGAGCGCUGCUCGGAGCUUCUCUGCAGCUUCGUAGUCGGUUUCCAACGGCCUGAGGACUUCUGAAGGUUCUGAAGGUUCUCCCUGGAUCUACUGCACAAGACAUGACCUAACUUUGCCUUUUGUUGCUGACACCAGAGGCUGAAGCACCGCUCCACGAGUUCAGGUUCAGUCUCUGCAGACGACGGUGAGCGGCAGCAGCCUGCAGCGAUGAGCGCCGACGCGAUGCAGAAGCAGGUGGAGGUGAGGAUGGACGAGAGCCACCUGGAGCCGACGGUGGACGGUCCAGAGAGCGCGUGUGGCGGCCUGUGUGACAAAGUCAUGAAGAACAUGGUUCUGACGCUCACCAUCCUCGGCGUGUUUCUGGGCUCCAUCGCUGGGAUGCUGCUGCGGCACGUCUCGCCUCUGCCUCCUGACGUCAUCAUGAUCAUCGGCUUCCCGGGGGAGAUACUGAUGAGGAUGCUGAAGAUGCUCAUUUUGCCUCUUGUUGUUUCCAGUCUGGUCACAGGUCUGGCCGGGUUGGACGCCAAGUCCAGCGGGCGCCUGGGCACCAGGGCCAUGGUGUACUACAUGUCCACCACGGUGAUCGCCGCCGUGCUGGGCGUGAUCCUGGUGCUGCUCAUCCACCCGGGGAACCCCAAGCUGAGGGCCAACCUGGGCCACGGCAAGAAGAACGAGGAGGUGUCCAGCGUGGACGCCUUCUUCGACCUCAUCCGGAACCUGUUCCCAGAGAACCUGGUGCAGGCGUGCUUCCAGCAGACCCAGACCAUGUCCACCAAGGUGCCGGUGCCCACGAACCGGACCAAAGCACAUCCACACUUCACGGUGAAGAAGUCGCUUCAUUUCAAGAGCGGGAUGAACGUUCUGGGUCUGAUCGGGUUCUUUGUCGCUUUCGGAGUCAUUAUGGGCAAAAUGGGAGAGAAGGCGAAGCUGAUGUUGGACUUUUUCAACGUCCUGAACGAGAUCGUGAUGAGGCUCGUCAGCGCGAUCAUGUGGUACUCGCCCGUCGGCAUCGCCUGCCUCAUCUGUGGGAAGAUCAUCUCCAUCGCCGACCUGGAGGUGGUGGCGAAGCAGCUGGGGAUGUACAUGGUCACUGUGAUCGUGGGCCUCAUCAUCCACGGAGGCAUCUUCCUGCCGCUCAUUUAUUUGGUGAUAGUGAAGAAGAACCCCUUCAAGUUCUUCAUGGGAAUCUUCCAGGCGUGGGUCACAGCGCUGGGAACAGCAUCAAGCGCCGGCACGCUGCCCGUCACCUUCCGCUGCCUGGAGGAGAACCUGGGCAUCGACAAGAGGGUGACGCGCUUCGUGCUCCCGGUGGGCGCCACCAUCAACAUGGACGGCACGGCGCUGUACGAGGCCGUCGCCGCCAUCUUCAUCGCCCAGAUGAACGGGAUCCAGCUGGACUGGGGCCAGAUCGUCACGGUCAGCAUGACGGCCACGCUGGCCAGCGUCGGCGCCGCCAGCAUCCCCAGCGCCGGCCUGGUGACCAUGCUGCUGAUCCUCACGGCGGUGGGGCUGCCCACGCAGGACAUCAGCCUCCUGGUGGCCGUCGACUGGCUGCUGGACCGCUUCCGGACCUCGGUCAACGUGGUGGGAGACUCGUACGGAGCAGGUAUCGUUUACUACCUUUCAAAAGACGAGCUGGACACCUUCGACGCCCAGCAGACGCGGAUGGACGACUUCGAGAUGGCAAAGACACAAUCCUUCUUUGAAAACAGCACCAACCAAAAUGUAUUUGCUCAUCACAACUCAAUCUUGAUAGACGACUGCAAGGUCACCAUGGGCACAAACGGCAGCACGGCAGAGUUCCCUCCGGUUGAGGAGGACCCGUGGAAAAGCGAGUAGAGCUUGUGCUGCUUUCUGUCUGAAGCAGCAGGAAGUGACACAGGGAGAGAAGAACGCGUGGAAGCAGGUGGUGAAGCUGCACCGCCACAACAAACACCAGGCCGGCGUUCCUCCUGCAGAAGACUCACCUCCUGAUCCCAAACCCGGCGUUUGCACUAACUAGACACAAACUGCGAGGAACUUGUGCAAUUCAUGAACUUUGUACAGAAGAAUAUGAGAUAUUCGGUUGCCUCAGGGCCUUAUUGGUGCUGCUGCAAGCUCCCUGUUCUGUCAAAGAAAAAAGCCCUUUUCCCUGUGCAACAUCUCAUUUAUUCAUUUUUUUAUUUUCUUUGUUUAUUAUUUUUGUAUUGAAACAAGUAAGCGAUCGUUAGCAGAGUUCGACUCAAUCAGACACAUGCAGGUUGAACGUUUCUCUGAUUUUCUGUCUCGUGAAAUGUUCCUAAAGCUUUAACCAGGUGAGAGCGUGAGCGGAUGAUGUAAGUCCAGGCUCUGACGGUUCGACUUACGGGAUUAAUGUGGCACACGUGGCCGAGCCGAGGAGCAAAGCUUAGGACUCAGACCAGGUGGAGGUACACGGCUAAAUGCGGCGGCGCAGGAUGAAGAUAAGGCUCUUAUUCAUUCAUUUACUUAUGCUGACUAUUUAAAUACGUGUUUGUUUGUUGUUAUUAUUCUUAUGUGUUCUGAGCAGCGAGUUCCUGUAGUCAAACCUCGGCCUGUGUGGAGGUCAUGAGGGCGACAGGAAGCUGGGACGAAGCUGCCGGCGCGUUGUUCUGUUUCAUGUCUUUACUGUAGCGUACGACAACAUUGCCUUGAGAACGUCAGCUGCAGCGUGCAGUCAGUAGGAGAGAGAGAGAGAGAGCGAGGGAGAGCGAGGGAGAGAGAGCGAGAGAGAGAGAGAGAGAGAGCGAGAGAGAGCGAGGGAGAGCGAAAGAGAGAGAGGGAGAGCGAGAGAGAGAGCGAGAGAGAGCGAGGGAGAGCGAGAGAGAGCGAGAGAGAGCGAGAGAGAGAGCGGGAGAGAGAGCGACCCCCUGUAGCUUCACCGCGUCCUGAGACCCGGCGUCUGGGCCGCUCUAAAGCAAAUAAUCCACGUCUAAAGACGCAUUUUGCCUGGAGCAUAAAUCUGAAGCUGGAGCGAUGAUGGGAUGUGUUUCUUUUCUAUACAUAUUCAUGUCUAAAGUGCCUCCUUGCACUUUGUGUAAAUACUUUCUUUAGAUAACUCUACCAGAAUUGUUUUUACUGACUAUAACCAUAAACAUGCAUGACUUAGACAUAGACAAACACGUUCUAACACCUGAAAACACACUGUUCUUCACACUGAGUGACUGAAUGAGUGGAUCCUGUUCUUUACUUACAGCAGAUUUGGUUAUUUAAGCGCAGACAUCAGUGGGUUCUGCUCAGUCCUCAUGUAUGUGUUUCAUCCGUGCAACCUGCAUGGUUCCAUGAAUGUGUGAAACCAUUAAAAGAAUCAAUAAUGUUUUUAUUUUCUGCAGAUUGGUUCAAGAGUUUUAAUUGGCUCUGACAUUUGUGACGUGUGUAAAUACCAUUGAAACAAAUAAACGCUAAUCGAUGA